GAAAGUGUAGUGAGGAGCAGUCAACAUAGCCGAUAUAAGGCUGAAAUGCCGUCGAACCAGUGCUAAAACAUUACGAUUGCGCUUAUAAAUGUAUGCAAAUGCAGUGGCGCUCUGUGGGCAACCUGGGUCUUGUGUGUUUUCCAUCUUUUUUUCGUGGGCUUGUUGAAACCCCCCAGUUCGUACUCCCCACAACGAAUAACAACUGGUUUAGUGUUUCCCAAAUUAAAUAUUAUUAAAACGCACUGGCAGCAUAAACAACCACUUUGUGGCAAUUAGAGGAGUCCAAUUGGAUCUCGGAAUGUUCAAUCCUGGAGCCAUGGAUGGAAAAGACGACGAACUGGAGCCGAGGGCGGGGAAAAGUGAGGAGAACGAGGAUGAUGAGAAGCUGAACGAAUUAUCGUUCUGUUUUGUGCGGGGCUCAGAUCCCAGAGCUGCCACAUGUCGCAGCAAACUUCAGAACAAGCGCUGCAAGCUGAACAAGGAGAUCAACAAGGAACUCCGCCUGCGAGCUGGGGCCGAGAACCUGUAUAAGGCCACAUCCAACCGCAAAUUAAGGGACACAGUGGCCUUGGAACUCAGUUUCGUCAACUCCAAUUUGCAAUUGUUGAAGGAACAACUGGCUGAACUGAAUUCCUCGGUGGAAAUAUAUCAGAGCGAGAGUCAAAACGGCAUAAUGCCCAUGAUACCGCUGGGCCUGAAGGAAACCAAGGAGAUCAACUUCAUGGAGCCCUUCUCCGACUUCAUCCUGGAGCACUACAGCGAGGAGCCCUCGAUGUACAUAGAUGCCAUAGCGGAUAUGACGGAUACGAGACAGGCCUCCAAGACCCCAUCACGUGACGCCCUCGGGGUGGCACUACUCUUCCGGUACUACAACACCCUGUACUACGUGGAGCGGCGUUUCUUUCCGCCGGAUCGCAACUUGGGCGUGUACUUCGAGUGGUACGACUCCCUGACGGGCGUGCCCUCGUGCCAGCGCACCAUCGCCUUCGAGAAGGCCUGCACCCUGUUCAACCUGGGCGGGAUCUACACCCAGAUCGGCGCUCGACACGAUCGCACCACCGAGCGGGGCCUGGACCUGGCGGUGGACAGCUUCCUGCGGGCGGCGGGGGUGUUCCGGCACAUCUACGACACCUUCACGAACGCCCCGUCGAUGGAUCUGAAGCCGCAGGUGCUGGACGUCCUCGUCUCGCUGAUGCUCUCCCAGGCGCGAGAGUGCCUCUUCGAGAAGCUGCAGCUGCAAAUCGAGGCGAUAGGCCUGUCCGAAUUCAGUUGCUCCGAUUCGCAGUCGUUUCGGGACCUAGCUGGCGAGGCCGCCCAGAUAUCGCACGAGUACAAUGAGAUGCACAAGAACAUCCAGGCGAACGACACGCACACCUAUCUCCCUGAGUGCUGGGCUGGUCUGGUGCCCGUCAAGGCGGAACUCUACAAGGCAUUCGCCCACUUCUACAAGGCACGCAGCAUAGAUGCCACGGACGAGAUCAAGGCCUCCCAGUUGCCCCCUCAGAAGAGCCAUGCCAAACUGUCGACGGAGUCCUUCAUUGGCAACUCCCAGGAGGUGGAGUCUAUCUAUGGCGCGAGCGAGGAGGCCGCCACUUCGAUCGCCAACAAGCUGGCCCACUUGAAGGAGGCGCUGGCUAGUAUCGAAGAGGCCCAGCGUCUGCAGAGAAUGUGCCGGUACCUAAAGAACAAGGCAUCGCUCACUGAGGUCAUGAAGGAGGUGCACUCCAAGUCGCAGGAGGAGUUCGACAAGUUCAGACUGCAAGCCUCAGCGAACAACAUCGAAGAGGGCGACCUUCUAGAGCGAACAGUCGAAGCUGCCUCGAAGUUCACGUUAUCCCUGACGGGACCCGACUUCACAUCGCACAAGGUGAAGGACCCCUUCAAGCGCCUGGGACCCAUAGCAAUAUUUUCGGCGCGACGCCACUGGACAGCUCCACGUUGUGUGCGCCUGCAGAAGGGGUCUUCUUCGUACCACAAGGUGCCCGCCAGCAAUAGCAAGUGUUCGUUGGACAACGAUGACGAGGAACACGACGCGGGAUACAAUCUCUACAAGGAGGAGUUCGAGAACUUUGGCUUCCAUGUGCGCGGCGAUGCGCCGGUGAUCAUUGCCCACGUUGAGAUCAAUUCGCUGGCAGAUCUGGGCGGCAUCAAGGAGGGGGAUUUCAUAGUCGAGAUCGCUGGCAUAGAUGUCAAGUGGUACUCGCACCAGCAGGUGGUCCAGCUCAUACAGUCCUGUGGCUCCACUCUGGAGCUGAGAGUCAUCACUCCCAUGGAUCGCAACUACUUAAAGCCAUUGUCGUCGAAGGGCUCGUUGUCCACGCUAUCGGCGGCCAGUUCAUCGGGCAUCUCCUCCGGAUUCCCCAGCCCCACGAGUAUUGCGGCCAAGCCCAAGCUUCAUCUGAAGACGUCGUCCAGUUCGCGAGGCGCCGGCAGCGUUUCAUCCAGUUCGUGGAACCCCUUUCGGCGAACGCCGAGCUUAGCUAAAAUAUUCUAGGUAGCGACCAGUUUUUUCGUGUUUCUUUGCUCUUAAGGCAAUGGCCAUUUCAUAUUUAAUGAGAAGAGAAUGUUGUGUGUUAAUGUUAGGCAAUAAACUUAAUUAUUUUUUACAAUUUCAA